UUUGAAUAUUCGCUGUCAAUCAUCAUCUUUGACUACAUCCUCCGUCCGCAGAGGCGUACGCAGAGGAUAGUGCACAAAGGUUUCGAUUAUAUGCAGGCAGAAUGAUUGGAGAGCUGAACUCUACGCCACAACUACAUGUAGAGGCGUCCUUGCAUUGCAUACGAACAUAGAAAUCUGCACGAGCAUGUUCACAGAGGUCGUCCCUAAACACUAGCUGGAUAUAUAAAGCAUCGAGUCUCACUCGUAUUGUCAGGAACAUUACAGGCUGCCUCAAGUACUUGCCGCUUGACUUUCCGAAGCCGGACUUCUGCUUUGUUUACGACCAUGCUCGCCAUCCUCUGCACGGCAGCGUAUGCCUUCGCUGUUGGCCAUGCCGCCACGACUGGGCUUACUACAAAGCCCGGUGACACGACUAGCUCCGCAUGUGGUGUCCGCGACGCGAGUAGCACGAUCGUCGCCUCGAGCCUACAGCCAUUUUGUACUACCUAUCUUGGAUACAACAGCGCAACUCGUACGACAUAUCAGUCCAUGGCCGUUGCGACGAGUACAUCCACGUUCAUCAUCACUACAACGCAGAUCACCCUUCAGACCACCACCAGGACACUCAAUGGUACGAAGAACGCCGACGCGACUGUUCCUGGCGGACCGAACCAGAACAAAAGGGGCGUUGCAACCAGCUCCACGGAAGACAUACCUCCUGCCUUGACCCAAUGCGACACUUCAAUCAUCUCCUCGGCCUGCUCUAUCGCUGCCCCACCGCCAAAGUCAACACCCGUCACGACAAUCUUCAUCAGCUACACAAGUACAGCGACGAAGACAACUACGGCCACAGUUUCUGCUACCAGCACUGUCACAAUCUCUGUCUUGCCGCCAUUCGCCAAAACCUGCACCAAGCCUUCGUCUUGUGGAAAGGUCAACUUGUGUAACGACAGCCGAGGCUUCAGAGGCGCCUGUGUCUGCUACAAAACGGUCGAAGACAUCAACAUCUGCAGCAACAAUGUUUCCUGCGGCCAAGCAUGCGACGUCAGCACUGAUUGCGGCGAUGGCUACUUUUGUGUCCGUGAUACGUGCUGUGGCGAAACGGGCAAAGUAUGCAUGGCGGUCGGAAGUGUGCAGUACUGCGACAAUGCACGCACUCCCUUCAACAUGUUUAGGCGGGCUCAAAGUAAAGAUGGGACAUUAGCACUUGGCGAGGAUCCGCUAUUUUUUGAUCUCGAAUAGCUUAGCAUACCUAUUGCCGUGGCAGCACAAAGAACAGAGUCAACAGAAAUCUAUAUCACAAUGACGAAAUAUACUGUCGAUGGG